GUCAGCCCACACGGCGACGCAUGCGCACUACGAAAUGAAAGGAUACGGACAAACAACAUACUCGGCGUUACUCUAGUAUCAAACUAUUGUCAACAGCCUCGGUGUUAGAAAGAUACGGGGCACACCGAAGAAAACUGUGACUGCUUACUGCUCAAAAAGAAACACUAAAAUUUUGCCUGAAACGACGCCACAGCGACAAAGGAAGAAGAGAGAAGUGAAACCUCUCGGGCUCGGGCUAAUGUUACACUUUGAGAAGUGGCUCCAAACAGUUGACAGACUCUGCGCACUUGCUUCCUGUAGUCAAGAGAGUGGCCGCUAAAUAACCAGCGACGGGAUAUAAUGUAAGAAAACACCGCCAAGUAAAUAGAUACUCAAGAGCAGCUGACAACGUGGGAAGAGAGGUGAACAACCUGGACGCCCCGUGUGUGUUUGUGUUUGUUUUCUACAUGAAUCUGUCGGCAGGAUGUCGCUGAGUUCAGGCGGUUGGACUCACACCCCUGGCUACACACCGGACCAGUCGGCCGCCCUCCCCAGUCACUAUGCGGCCUCGCAGUCACAACUCGGCUGCCAGACCGUCCUCAUGUCGGUCCGAGUGUCCGUUUGUCAUUCGGGUAUUCGGCCGCUGUGUCUUCCGGGAGCAGGUGAUGAGUCACUCCGCCUGCAGCUCAGCAUGGACCCGGGGAAAUCCGGGGAAUUCCGGCUGUCGCUCCAGGACAGCAGCGGGACUGGCCGGAGUGUGACCAUCGCCGAGUUUGAUCUGGGCACCGUAAACUAUGAAGUGAAGUCACCAAAGUGCCACGAGCUGAGUUUAGCGGCGCCUCCACAUGACCGCAUCAGUUUCAACUUCCGCUGUGAGCAGGAAGCCCAGGAGUGGGCUACGGUGGUGCUAUCUUCACUGAGAGAGGCCCACAGAGUCGCCCCUCAAGUUAACGGUCCACAGCGCCCCCUGGACAGUGUUGAUGCUCACAACACCUCGGCCUUGCAACAAACAGAAGAAACCUGCAUCGAGCUGACCCGAGCCAUAGAAGCAGGUGACAUGCAGUCUGCUUCUGCCUUUGCUGCCACACUUGCCCGACAACACGCAACGCUCAAGAUUCAGCCCUCUGCCAGAGACUACGAAGACACUGAAAUCAGCUUGGCUGUUGUAGUUGAGGAUUCUUCUUCAUCCUGUUGCGUCACUGUGAAAGUUUACCCACACAUGACUACUGCAGCACUGAAACAGCAGAUGUUUCUAGAGUAUGGCUUUCACCCACGGGUGCAGCGCUGGGUGAUUGGGCAGUGUCUGUGCGCCGACCAGCGCACUCUGGCCUCGUAUGGGGUUCAUCAGGACGGUGACACAGCCUUCUUGUACCUCCUGUCAGCCCGUCAUGCACGCUUAACCCAACAAGUCCUCCAGCAUGACCAGGAAAGUGCCCUCCUUCUCAGUUCUCCAUCUCUGUCCCUCCCUACUGCUACCCCCCCUGCUACCUCUGCAAAUGGCCCCUCUUCUCUAGACCGGAGGCCUUACACCACCCUACCUCCAAAACUCUAUACCAGCAGCAGUACUGGUGGGUCAGAGAGGGGAACCAUCACUGAGAUCAAAGAUCUCAUCAACCUAGAGAUGCCCCAACUUAAUGAAGCACUGAGCACCAACACAGCCUCCACCCAGGGUUGGUCGUGCCCUUCUUGCACUUACAUAAACAAACCAACACGGCCAGGCUGUGAGAUUUGCAGUACAAACCGCCCGGAGAACUACGUCAUCCCGGGUGGUUACCGACCUGACGCACUGGAACUCCGACGAAUCCAACAGGAGAAGGAGGCUAUCAGACAGUACCAGCAGGCAAGGGAAGAGGAGCGCAGGGAGAACUUUGCCCGGUUGGUGAUGAUGGACAGUCAGGACCUGCUGCCUAACCCAGAACCUGUGGACUGUAGGAUCUGCUAUGUGGACCUGCAACCUGGAGAGGGGGUCCUGCUGAGGGAGUGUCUCCACUGCUUCUGCAGAGAGUGCUUACGUUCAGUCAUCAUGCUGAGUGAGGAGCCGGAGGUGUCCUGUCCCUACAGAGAUGACACAUAUUCCUGUACCUGCUCCCUGCAGGAGAGGGAGAUCAAAGCUUUGGUACCAGCAGAGGAGUAUGAGCGCUGGCUGCAAAGAGGUUUGUCAGUGGCAGAGUCUCGAUGUGAGGGCAGCUACCACUGUGCUACUCCAGACUGUCUGGGCUGGUGCGUGUAUGAGGACACAGUCAAUGUCUUCCACUGCCCCGUCUGCAGGAAACAUAACUGCCUGAUUUGCAAGUCUAUCCAUGAGGGAAUGAACUGUAAACAAUACCAGGAUGAUCUUGCGGCGCGUGCUAUAAAUGACUCUGCUGCCAGGAGGACGACGCAACUGCUCAAGACUCUUGUGCAGUCAGGCGAAGCAAUGCACUGUCCCCAGUGUGGCAUCAUUGUGCAGAAGAGGGAUGGAUGUGAUUGGCUGCGCUGCACAGUUUGCCAUACUGAGAUUUGCUGGGUAACCAGGGGUCCUCGCUGGGGGCCUAGGGGUCCUGGAGACACCAGUGGAGGAUGCCGCUGCAAUGUCAACGGUCAGAAAUGUCAUCCUAAAUGCCAAAACUGCCACUGAGAAUCUUAAGAAUGGUCAGAUUGUCAAAGGGAAUGAAAGACUCAACUUUAAAUAGACUGUUCUCUAAAAUAUGCAAAGAGGUAAAAAAAAAAAAAAGCAUAUUUAAGCUAAAAGUGAUUGUGCAGGAAUGUUACAUGCAACACGUUCUCCUUGUUAUAAAUGCAGGCAUUCUCAAUUCUUUCUCAGCAAGCAGAAUAACAUAAAUUGUGGCCUCUGUUUAAACAACCUAUAGCACAUGUUCUAAAGUGCAUGGCAUAGGAUGUUACCAGCUGCAUUUUGGUUAGUGAAAUGGCACACAAUCUCAAUGAUGCAUUGAAUAAUGUUUUUCAUGCUUUGAAAAAAAUGUAUCUCAAAGUAAAAAAAAAAGUGUUGCAAGCAUUGUUACAAAACUCCAAACCAAAUCUAAAAAACAACUAAAAGUUACGGGUAUGACGUUGGCAUAAAACCAAAGCCUCCACCCUGCACACUGCAGGACUGGUGCGCAUCUUUAGUCAGCUGACUUAACAAAGUCUCCUGGUUUUAGAAUGUUACAUAAUUAAUAUUCUCACUCACAUUCAACAAUUACAUUUACUUUCAACAGAACAUGGCUAUAACAUUACACUGAGGAUGAAGAGCACUGUUGCACGUCCCUGUGUGUGUAACAAGCAGAGUAGACUUAUUGUCUUGACAUAGUUUCGAGAUUGCAAUGCGCCUGACACACAACUCAGUUUAAGACCAACAGGCCCAUGAGUGUACAGAUGGGCAUAAGUACAUUUGCUGCAACAUGGGCGCGGGGUGUAAAAGUGACAACUGCAUUGAUUGGCUCCUGCUAUGCUGUUGUGUGCCACUUUGCACUAGAUGUAAGAUAGAUCCCAUAUAGGCUGCAGCAGUGUUCAGUAUAAAUGAAACUAUCAUCUGACUGUAAUGAGGAGGUUAUAAGUAUGCAGGGAAAGAGUAUUAACUUUUAUUGCAUGUGGUGCUUUUAUAAAUGAUUGCAGCACUGCAACUUUAGCAAUACAGGUGUGUUGUUUUCUGUUUUGGUAGUUACAUACCAGGAUGCAUUGCAUUAAACUGAAGUGGCCUUAUUCUUGUGCACCAACACUGUAGCAGGGUGUUUAUGAUGUUUUCUGGGAAACGUGACAAAAUCCUUGUGUCCUUGAUAUGCAAUUUUUCUGCAUAGAGAAAGAUCAAACAAGCGUAUAGAGUUAUAUAUGGUUAUAUUUUUUGUGUCUUGUGUCACCAAAGAGGUUUGAAAUGAGAAUGUGUUCCUAUGAGUCUCAUCUGUUGUUUAACCACCUUUGAGUGGAACCAGGCUGUGUGCAUGAGUUCAGCACUUGCAUGUUUCUGUUAUGACAGAUGUGGGUACAGAGGUCACUGAGGUACUGCUGACCAGCUGAGUAUUGUGAUGAUGACAUUCUCAAUAUACAGCAGAGUGUAUUGAUUUAUAGUAAACUGUUAAAUGCUAAAAUACUGCAAUACUUUCUGUAAGACGGCACAUGUAAACACAUUUUGUGGAUAAGCUCAAAUCCCUGUGAAGGAAUUCAUAUGGUGUUGCUUGACAGCUUUUAAAACUAUGUGAAAGCUUUAUAUCCAUGGCGAUAUUUUGAAUAAUUUCUAAUUCAUCUGUGCAUGAAUUUGUUAUUCUAAUACAUACAUAUAAUUCACCAAUAAAUUUUGUAUGACCUUGACCAGGAUAAGAGUGAAUACCCUCACAAACUGCACUCCCUGUUACACAAAAUAAGUAAAGAUUAACUCCAAAUACCAAACUAUGCCCUAGACUACACUACUGUCCCACACUGACAAGCCAGGAAUAAGUCUUCACUGUUACUCAUGUUAAAAUAUCAGCACUGUGUUGCUGAUAUACUUUUGUGCCUUAAUUAUCAAUAAAUACUCUUCAAACUCUC